AUGCGUAGGCAAAAAAAAACUGGAAUUUCGCCAGUGUUCCUCCACAACGACACGACACACAACAUGUCUGAAGAGCACACCAUCUCGCAAGAGGUAGCUUCCCCAAUUGUGAAGCGAGGAAGAGGACGUCCACCCAAGGUUCCCACGGGCACCGAGGUGGUCGAUACCACCCCCAAGGUCAAGAGAGGACGAGGACGACCACCAAAGGUGCGACCCGAGGGAGAGGAGCCCGUGGUCAAGAGACCCCGUGGCCGGCCGCGAAAGAGCAUCGACCCCAACUCGGGCGAUCCCAGCACACACGGAAACGCGGUUAACGCGUCUGGAGACCCCAGCGUUAUAGUUGAGAAGCGAGGACGUGGCCGACCGCGUAAAAACCCCAUCGUCGUGGCCCCCGCACCCUUGUGGCCCACCCCGGACCUGGUGCAGUUUGGAGGAGCUGACCCCUACGAGGAAAUUGACAGCUUCAGCGCUGAACGCAUUGAGGAGCAGGCUGGACAGGAAGGUGCCAACCUGACCCACCCCGAGAAGCUGGCGCUCAUCAAGCGACGUCUGCACGCCGAGGCCCAGGACAAGGACCUCUUGGAGGCGCUGGCCACCAACCGCGAGGACUUCUUCAACGCCGACGAGGCCAAGGACGUGUACUCGCAGUACUCGGUGCUUAGACACCAUAUUGCUCUGCUGCUGCAGAACUAUGGUGACACGGACGAGGGCCGAGUGAUCAAGAGAAACCUCAGCAACCUCAUGGGAGUGCUGCGGUACCUGCGAUUGAAGGACAACAUCCUUUCUGAGCUGCUCACCAUUGUGCCUCUGAUCCAAGACCAAGACUACACCGGUGCCAAGAACCGAAUUCAGGCGCUGGACGGCCCCUGGUGCAUCGGAACCCCUUCCAACCGGGAGAUCCGGUUGCGGGAGACCCAAAAGUGGAUUACUGGUUUGGUCCAGCUGCUGGAGUGGUCCGAUGGCUCCUACAACGGCCUGUACCGUGUUUAG